UCCCUCUUUUCCAAAAGUGUCCCUGGACUCUGCACCACCGGUCGCAUUCUAGUUCAAUUUGGAAUGACGGCGGCCAUGGGCAGUGUGAUCAACAUUCUAGUGAGUCACCUGGAAGAAGUUUCCGAGCAGAAGUUGCUUCCCGAGACUACGAACCUCAUCUACUUCUGCAACAUACUUCCUCUUCCAUUGACGCACGCUCUGCUGGUCUCGUUUCUGGAUCAAUCGGACUAUUCUGAUCUCUAUACUUGUUUCCCCCCUUUCCUCUCCAUCUCCGGGGCCUUCUCUCUCGGUCCCUGUGGACUCUACCUUCUGCUGGGUGCGCUGCUGGCAUUCUUUGUUCGCAACGCGACUGAAAACAUGUCUUUGAUGUUGGACGAGGAGGAAGUUAUUCUGUACUUUGAAUCGGCUCACAGAAAUACUAACUUUCUGCUUAUGCUGUGCCCAGCUGUUUUUGGUUUCACCGUGUACGCAUGGGACAAGGAUAGCUUAAUGUACCACGUGAUUGAGGCAGCAGUAAUUGCACUUUUCUCUGUUAUUCUCUACUGGAUGAUGGUACUCGCCCCACCCGAGAUCAAAGAGGCCUUCGUGAGUCACAACCAGAUAGAAAUGCCAGAAGUGAAGAAGAAAAAGCGAAAGUCGCCAAGUGCCCAUUAUAAACCUCAGACAGGUGAAGAUUUGAAAAACUCCGAGACGAUUGAUCGCAAUGAAUCGCCGAUGUCCAACUUCUCAAUCGGUUCCAACUUUUUCGGAGCCGGCUCAGACACAACUGGUGCCUCGAGCAUAUGCAGUGAGCCCAUAACUCAAGGCACUCCAGAGUCAAACCACCCAGAGGUCAACGCGGGUCACCAGAACAGUAAUAUUCAUUCUCCCGAGAGCAGCAGCAGCCAUUGGUAGUCCCAAAACUGAGCCAAAUAUACUCAUUCACCAAAAUUCAUU